AUGAAAAGACUGCUAGGAGGGUCGACGGCAGCUAAACGGCAGACACUCGUUCCGUCUGCGCAUUUGGUGCCAGUCCACAAGAAAGAUGGCGACAGAGCAAGAAAAAAGGAAAUACUAUGGUCGCCGCAUUACAUCAAUGAAGCCAGAACACACUACUCCGGAGGACCUGGGAUCAAAUUACGACCGAAAUUCAAUGACCCAUGGCAGCCUACCCCUGCGAGCGCACCUGAUGCCAAGUUGAUGGCCAGCAGGGACUUUGGUGAACUAGAGAGUCAUCGUCGUCGUCGAUACACUGGAUUAUACACUGCCGGCACCGGAAGAUACUCUGCCCGCCUCAACUACAUAGAGGAGGUCCAGGACAUGUCUCCGGACGACUUUCUGGCAAAGUCUCCCGAUGACUAUAGAAUACCGGUUACUCCCGAUGACUAUAGAAUACCGGUUACGAAUGACACAGUAUCAGAGCGAGCUCCUUCGGUCAUGUCAGAGCCCCUGUCUCAGAACAAUUCAAAUGACGUACUCUCCGAGGGCUUUGGUAUGUUUCGUAUGGACAGUCUGGACAAUCAUAGAUCGAUCGCUUUGGAGGCAGGCCGGGGCGUGAAUGGACGGCGGCACAUUCUCACAGAUUGCAAGUACACGAUAUCGCAAGACCUGACCGACGGCCACGCUUCAGCGCUAGCCCUCUUAUAUGCUCUCGCAGAGCGCAAGCCCACACGAAAGCGUCCGCCCGAGUCAAAGAAAUUCGGCCUACAGGGGCUGUCGCAAAGGCAAGUUUCUAUGCUGCCGGGAUCUCAGUCUGAGUAA